UAUUUAAAAAUUUUCAAAACUAUUUGUGUUCGUAGAAAUGCGCUAAAUUCUUUGCUUAUUAACUGCCUUUCUCACUCAUUUCAUUUUUGAAUUAUUUUUUCUUUUUAUUAUUUGAUUUUUAGUUCUCCGAGUCGAAUCGGCUGACUCGGUUGGUGGUGGUUCUCUUCAUCAUCAUCAUCUAUGGCGGGUGAAGGAGAAGGCUUUAUAGGUGGUUCUUCACCACCAUCAUCAUCAUCACCGGAGGACCUCCCACCCUCCCCCAAGAACAGGUUCAAGUUUUUGUGUAGCCACGGCGGCAAAAUCCUCCCCAGACCAGCCGACGGCCACCUCAAGUACGUCGGCGGAGAGACUCGAGUCAUUGCCGUCCCCCGCCAUAUUUCUUUCUCAGAGCUGAAUAAGAGGCUUUCGGAUAUGAUCAGCGAAGGGGAUAACAACAUGGUGCUUAAGUACCAAUUGGGUCCUGAAGAUCUUGAUGCGUUGGUCUCUGUAAGAACAGAUGAAGAUCUAAAGCACAUGUUACAUGAAUAUGAUCGUCAGGCCGAGACUACAGAAGGCUCACCCAAGCUUCGUACUUUCUUGUUCCCUUCACCACCACAACCCGCUCUCAUGGAGUCUCAUUGUAAUAACUCCAUCGAGCAGCGUUAUAUUGAUGCCAUUAAUGGCUUCGUUCGUACAACUCGGAACAAUAGACAACCACCCAAAAUACCUCCCAUUGUUAUAAACACUAGUGCUCCCACCACCUUCACCAUUUCUGCUUGUUCUUCCCCAAACUCCAACUCUCCUGAGCACCAAGCCAUAGAAGGGCAUGAAAUGUUUUCAUCAUCGAAUAAUAAUGGUUACAAUAUGCAUAGAGUUCAAAGCUCUCCAACCCUUUAUCGUUCCAACAGUCCUCAGCGGCUUAGUAGUGCUUAUCGUCCUCAGGCGUAUCACUAUGGCCUUCCUCAACAUAACCACCUUUUGGAUCUCCAAAAGGCUGCUGCUAGUGAGCGGCUGGCGCCGGCUCUGUCGAUGGCGAGAGGUGAGUUCAGAAGAGGGGUGUUCGGUCAUGGUGGUGGUGGUGGUGAUCAUCAUCACUAUUACACGAGUAGGCAUUAUAGAGGGAGUGGUUAUGAUGAUUUUUCUGGUUAUGGUAAUUUUCAUGGGAUUGAUAGAGAUGAGAAUAGUCAUCCUAAGAGUCCUAGAAAGAAAUUUUGGGAGUAGAUUCUUUGUUUUUGUAUAUAAUAGAUGAUUAUUUGUUUGUUUUGAGUAGUGUUAAGGUGUUUGUGUGAUAUGCUAUUUGGUGUAAUGUUGAAUCAAUUCCAUAAAAAAAAAUGGUGUGCCGGGUGAAUUUGAAUCACAAUCACAAAGUUCCAAUGUUUCA